CCGGGAGGCUCCUGGGGAGCCGGGGCUCCGAGGUAAAUACUUGUACUGUUAUUAAAGGUGAAUAUUUAGAACCAGGUACAUCAUGGUGCUGGCAUCAUGCAUGCCUGUAAUCCCAGCUGCUUGAGAGGCUGAGGGAGGAGGAUCUGGAGUUCCAGGACAGGUUUAAUAUAACAUAUCCUAUCAUGUGUUUUCCCUGCCCCUUCUCCCCAAAUCAUCAACAGUAGAAAAAAAAGAAGAAAACAUGUCAGGACACAAAUGCAGUUAUUCCUGGGACUUACAGAAUCGGUAUGCUCAAGAUAAGUCAGUUGUCAAUAAGAUGCAACAGAAGUAUUGGGAGACUAAGCAGGCCUUUAUUAAAGCCACGGGAAAGAAGGAAGAUGAACAUGUUGUUGCCUCUGAUGCAGACUUGGAUGCUAAGUUAGAGCUGUUUCACUCAGUUCAGAGAACCUGUUUGGACUUGUCUAAAGCAAUUGUGCUCUAUCAAAAGAGGAUAUGUUUCUUGUCACAAGAAGAAAAUGAACUGGGAAAAUUUCUCCGAUCCCAAGGCUUCCAAGAUAAAACCAGAGCAGGAAAAAUGAUGCAAGCCACAGGAAAGGCCCUGUGUUUUUCUUCCCAACAAAGGUUGGCCUUGCGAAAUCCUUUGUGUCGAUUUCACCAAGAAGUGGAGACUUUUCGGCAUCGGGCCAUCUCAGAUACUUGGCUGACAGUGAACCGGAUGGAGCAGUGCCGGACAGAAUACAGAGGGGCUUUAUUAUGGAUGAAGGAUGUGUCUCAGGAGCUUGAUCCAGACCUCUACAAGCAAAUGGAGAAGUUCAGGAAGGUACAGACACAAGUACGCCUUGCAAAAAAAAAUUUUGACAAAUUGAAGAUGGAUGUGUGUCAAAAAGUGGAUCUUCUAGGAGCGAGCAGAUGCAAUCUCUUGUCUCACAUGCUAGCAACAUAUCAGACCACUCUGCUUCAUUUCUGGGAGAAAACCUCUCACACUAUGGCAGCCGUCCAUGAGAGCUUCAGAGGUUAUCAACCUUAUGAGUUCACCACCCUGAAGAGCUUACAAGAUCCUAUGAAGAAACUAGUUGAGAAAGAAGAAAAGAAGAUCACCCGGCAGGAAAGCAAAGGAGCAUCAGUGCAGGAGCCCAGUCAAUUAAUUUCAUUAGAAGAUGAAAACCAGAUCAACGAAUCCUCCGGUUUCAAUACUGAAGAUAGAAAAAAUAUUUUAUCUGCCAUAGACAAAACCUCUACAUAUGAUUCUUGUUCAGGACCUAUAAAUGAACUAUUAGACAUGAAACCUGAGGAUGGAGCUUGCCUGGAUCCAAAGGCAGGACCCGCAGAGCCUGAAGGUGCUGAGAAAGAUGACUUGCUGCUGUUGAGUGAGAUCUUUAAUGCGUCCUCCCUGGAAGAGGGUGAGUUCAGCAAAGAGUGGGCUGCAGUGUUUGGAGAGCAUCGUCUGAAGGAGCCAGUGCCCACUGGGCCCCCAGGAGAGCUGGAUCUGAAGCCCCCAGCAGGGUCUGGAUUCCUUCCUUCGCAGCUUUUAGACCAAAAUCUGAAAGACUUACAGGCCUCACUCCAAGAGCCUGCCAAGGCUUCCUCGGACCUGACUGCCUGGUUCAGCCUCUUUGCAGACCUCGACCCCUUAUCAAAUCCUGAUGCUAUUGGGAAAACUGAUAAAGAACACGAAUUGCUCAAUGCAUGAAUUUGCAGUCUUCAAGAAGGAGCUAGCCCACUUACCACUCCGCAGAGCCUUCCCUGGGGCAAAGCAGAAGUAUGGUGUGAUCAAUAUGCUCUUUUAAUAUUUACAUGCCAUUUUAAUAAAAUGGAAGGGUCAGAGGCCCUGUUUAUAA